CUGCGAGGUGCUGUGCGGUGUUUGUGUGUCACAGCUGCCGAGAUGGUGUAUAUCUCUAACGGACAAGUACUGGACGGCCAGAGCCGGUCGCCAUGGAGACUCUCCUUCCUAACAGACAUGUUUUGGGGAAUCACAGACUUCGUUGUCAUGUUUUUCCAGAGUAUCAUUCAUCCUAAUGUCACAAGGAGAGGAUGCCAGAACUCCUCAUCCAGCACCCGAUAUGAUGAUGGAAGAGGACCCCCAGGACAUCCACGUCGUAUGGGCCGUAUUAACCAUGGUUCAGGGCCUAGUGCUCCUCCCAUGGCAGGUGGUGGAGGAUGAGGAAGGUAAACGCCUGUUCCAGCAAACAGGCAACUAGAGAUCGACGUUCAUUAGCCAGCGGAGACCAGUAAGUUUGCGGCUCAGGCUACGAAUGUUCAUCUCUUCCAAUGAAAUGCUCUGCAGCAAUGCGGAUACAUGAUGUUGUGCUGGGAGCUCCCGACCAGGAUCCAGUAGCGACUGAUCAGCAUUUAUUUAUAUAACUGUAAAUCCCUUUUUCUGAAGUUUUUUUUCCUUUUUCCUGUUGUCUUUUGUUUACACAACUGUUGGUUUGUAUGAAUAAUGGUAUAAACUGAAUGGAGGCACAUUAAAUAUCAAUAGGUAAGCAAUCUUCUCUUUAAAGAGUAACUGCCAGUGCUAUAAAAAUACUAUUCACACCUAUAACUUUUUCUAUAAUUUUUUUUUAACUUCUGCUGUCUGUCAGAGACUUGCAGCAUGAGUACUGUGUUUGCAGCAGGACAAAAUAAGAGCGAGAGCUCUCGGGUAAAACAUUGAGGGACUUAUUUAUCAUGCUGUGUGAGACAUCGGAGAAAAACAUCACUGGUGAUGUUGCCCAUAGCAACCAUCCAGAUUG